AUGCUAGUAAAUGAAGUGCCUUUAGAUAUGACCAUUGACACUGGAGCUGCGGUGACAAUUAUGCCGGAUAAGACAUAUUUUGAAAAGUUUCAUAAUCGUUCCAAUUUGUUGCAGCCAAGUAACAUAAGGUUAAAAACAUACACAGGAGAGAGAAUUGGGGUUCUCGGAGAGUUCCAUGCUACAGUAAACUCGCCCGAUGGUUUGACGCAACUUCCUGUAGUUGUGAUUGAGAGUUCCGGAACUGGUCAACCUACUCUAUUAGGACGCAACUGGUUGGAGAAGAUACCCCUAGACUGGAAACUACUGAAACGGAGGUGUAGCGACAAGACAGAUGAAGUUGGAGAAAUAGACGUUCGGAUCCCAGCUGGUGAGUCCGUUCCAGAUAUUGCUAAGAUUAUGGAUGAUCUUAAGGGAGCUUAUGCACCUGUAUUUGAUAAGACACCUGGGGAAAUUAAAAGUAAAGCUGUGAAUAUUGUUUUAAAAGAAAAUUCUAAGCCAGUUUUCUGUAAGGCCCGUAGUGUGCCGUUUGCUUUGCGCCAAGCUGUAGAAAAAGAACUCGAUAACCUUCAAAGAAAUGGGAUUAUUUAUCCUGUAACUAAAUCCGAAUGGGCAACGCCUAUAGUUGUUGUUCCCAAACCCAAUAAUGAAGUGAGAAUCUGUGGUGAUUUCAAGGUAACGAUUAAUCCGUGCCUGCGAACAGAUUAUUAUCCUUUACCCAAUCCAGAGGACAUCCUCACAAAAAUUUCAGGUGCAAAGUUUUACUCAAAAAUAGACUUAUCAACUGCUUAUGCCCAAUUAAGGGUACAUCCUUCCUCACAAGAAUUGUUAACGAUUAACACACAUUUAGGUCUUUUCCGAUAUGCAAGACUAGCCUAUGGCAUUACUAGUGCUGGUGCACUCUUCCAAGCAACCAUGGAUCAGAUACUGUCUGGUCUAGACUCUACUAUUUGUUACAUAGAUGACAUCUUGGUUUAUGCUAAAGAUUUUACGGAAAUGAAACAGUCAGUUAAUGCUGUUUUAAAAAGGUUAAUGGAACAUGGAAUCACCAUCAACACGUCUAAGAGCGAAUUCUUUAAAGAAAGCUUAGUUUUUCUAGGAUAUCGGUUGGAUAAGAACGGUAUUCAUCAAAGUGGGGAGUUGACAAAAGCGAUUUUGGAUGCUCCAAAACCAGAAAAUGUUGUACAACUCAGGUCAUUUUUAGGUCUAGUUAAUUUUUAUGGUAAAUUUAUUCCAAACUUAGCCUCCCUGCUCCAUCCAUUGUACCAUCUGCUUGGUAAGGAGGUUGAUUGGUCGUGGACUACUGAUUGUAACAUCGCCUUUGAACAAUGCAAGAAACAACUUGUUAUGGACAAUGUUUUGAUUCCCUUUAACCCAAGCCUAGAUGUGAUAGUAACCUGUGAUAGCUCAAGCUAUGGAGUUGGGUGUGUGAUCGCCCAUAAAAUGGCAGACGGUUCAGAGAGGCCUAUUGCAUUUGCCUCACGAACACUUACCAAAAGCGAGGCUAAAUACAGCCAAAUCGAAAAGGAGGCCCUGUCAUUGGUCGUGGCCGUCAAAAAGUUUCAUAAAUUCCUAUAUGGUCGCAAAUUUAUUUUAGUGACUGACCAUCGCCCCUUAACAUUUUUGUUACAUCCUACCAAAGGUGUACCCACUCUAGCGGCAGCAAGAAUCCAACGCUGGGCCUUGAUAUUGUCAGCAUACCAAUACGAUAUCCGUUACAAAAAGGGAACAGACAUUUCUAAUGCAGAUGCGCUGUCGCGCCUACCUCUUGAAAAUAACGUUAAUGAAGACGACAUAUCGUUUUUUACUUCAACCUACCAUUUGCCCAUCACAUCUAAAGAAAUAGCUGCAUCCACCAAAUUUGACCCUACCUUAUCUAAGGUAAUGGACUACACGAUACAUGGAUGGCCAAAUACAAUUGACGACCCAGGCCUAAAAAACUACCAAAACAAAACUUCGGAGUUAUCCGUAGAUCGCGGAUGUCUACUUUGGGGAGCCAGAGUCCUUAUACCCCCGACCCAUCGAAAGGAAAUUCUUCUUAUGUUACAUACUGACCAUCCUGGUGAGUCAAAAAUGAAAGCCCUCGCAAGAAGCUAUGUGUGGUGGCCUAACUUAGAUCAAGACAUCGAGACUAUGGUUAGAGAGUGUAAUAUCUGUCAAAAGACUCGUAAAAAUAUUCCCCUGCCUCCCCUACAAACUUGGUCAUGGCCUCAACACAGCUGGAUGAGAAUUCAUCUGGACUUCGCUAACUUUGAAGGGAAAGAAUUUUUAAUAAUUGUAGAUAGCUACUCAAAGUGGGUAGAAGUGUUCCAUAUGCCCGGUACGACGUCAAAACAGACAAUUGACAAACUAAGACAUUGCUUUGCAGCCUAUGGAUUGGCCUCUACUGUGGUGACAGAUGGCGGGCCCCAAUUUCGAUCAGACGAAUUCAAACAAUUUUUAGAGGCUAAUGGAGUUCAUCAUACCCUAACCCCGGCAUAUCAUCCUGCUUCCAACGGGCUGGCAGAGCGAACUGUCCAAACAGUGAAACACGCUUUCUUAAAACAAAUGCUCCACGAUGAACAACAACAUACACAGAGGUCCCUGCAACACAGGAUAGAUUCCUUCUUGUUUGUGUACCGUAAUACCCCCCAUACUACAACUGGAUCGACACCAUCUGAAUUAUUCUUGAAAUUCAAACCUAAAACUCACCUAUCACUUCUAAAACCUCAUUUGGCUCAAGAAAUGCAAACUAAACAGGAUAAUCUGAAAGAUUCUAUCAAUGUACACCGGGGAAAACCGAGAUCAUUCAUGUUACAUGACAAGGUGUUUGUCAAAACUGUGCGACAAGAGAAAAUUAGUUGGCAACCUGGGGUAGUAACAAAAAUUGUAAGCCCUAUGACAUACCUAGUCAUAGUUGAUGGCCGAACAAGACAUGUACAUAUUGAUCAUUUGAGAGCUAAUGAAACUCAGGAACAAGAAGACGACCCACUAGUACAAUUUCCAAGGGAACUAUACAUGAAAAGUCCGGCUCAGACCGCGCCACUGAUUAAGACACCCGAAGGAGCACCAACUGAGGUUAAAUCUCCAAUAACUUCGCCAACCAGAAGGUCUCCAGCAAAAACCCAACUAAGUCAAGACAGUCCAGUUACUCUGCGACGCUCCGAACGGAAUCGUAGAGUACCUCACAAAAUGAAUUUAUAA